UACAAUUUUUACAACAUGAUGGCACACGAAGUACCGGUCCCCAUACAUGGGCCUGGCACCCCACCUGUGGUUUCUAGUACCCCGAAGAACACUCAGCCAGUGAAAUCAACUCAGAAACAGACCUCCCGUAAAAAGAAUAACAACCCGAAUAAGAAAUCACCCCUGCCUCAACAGACACCAGGGCAUAACGACAAACCAACGACGUCCUCUUUGAACACUCCUCAGAAGGAGUUUAAACUGAAUAAGAGGAGGUCGCAGACCAAGAAGAAAGAUGAAGCACCAGUUUUUGCUGGAAGCUCAUUCCACUCAUCGCCAGAAGCGUUGAAUUUACCCAAACCUACCUUUAAACCAUCACCCAAACCGCAGUUGGCCAACCCUGUGACCAGCUACCCCUCUGUUUAUUAUCAACCUCCCAUGACACCACAUGGAUCCAUGCCUCAUAUGCCUCAUAUGAGCAUGGGUCCCGUUCCAAUGGGAUAUCUGGCACCUCCUCAAGGACUUGCCCAUGGUCCCAUGAUGCAUCCUCAGCAACACGUAGCUGUUCCUUAUGGCUCGGCACCUCCUAUGAUGACGUACCCUGGACAGGCUCCAGGACCUUAUUAUGGAUAUGCUCAACCACCACAGAUGGGAUUUGCCCCAGGCGGAGCUUCCCCAACAAGGACAGCUGCAACUGGAACUGCUUCUCAAGGCCAAAAGAUCUCGUUCAACGACUUGAUCGGUUCAGAGAAGUAGGUUGCUCCUAUUUAUAAUGACUUGGUACGAAUAUACAAAGCCAAAAAUGACCGUAGAAUAUGUUUACCUCAAGUAUGAUGUGGACUCAAAACCUAUUUGUGCAAGGGUGAUGAAAAACCUGUAGAAGAGUAAGAUGGUUCAGGCUGAAUGUUGGCUUAUAGUUUCUAGUGCCUGAAUAAUCUCCAAGUAAGAUAGAUGUUUUGCCUGAGCCUAUAUACUCAACCAUCCAAUCCCACUUACUGAAAAAGAAGUCGUUGUCAGUGACAUGGUCUUAAUACCCAAUAAAGGAGUCGGGGUAAUAUCUGAUACAAUCCACAGACCUUGAAACUUGGACCUUGAAACUAUAAAUGCUUGGGUACGAUUUAGACACCUGCAAAUCUCCGAAAUCUAAAGAUCAGAUUUGCCAACAAAAAAUACCCCGUGUGCAUCAAAAGAAAGUUGUAUCUAGUCCGAAGCAUAUGAAAGCGAACUACAGCAACUCUAAUACGUUCGCUAACGAAUGAAAUACUACUGUUUUUGUAAUAGUUCCAAAAAUAACCAUUAGGGUGUUCUCGACUACUUAAAUAUAUCAUUUGUCAAGG